AUGGUCUUCAUCACAGAUGACUCCGAAAAGGCUAUGAUUGAUGGCCAUGAAAUCGUUUCACACAAGAACCUGCUUUCGCUUCAUUCCCUGGAGUGUCCAGUCAGACUGCGUUGACAUUCAAAGUCAAACUGGAUGAGUUGAGAGCCACUUGUGCAGGUCAACACCCAGAUGUGCACUGAUGUAAAACUCUUCAGCCUAAGGCUCGACUGCAGUAUGCUAUUGAGCUCCAAAGUGGAUCUCGCUCCCCUUGUAGACGCUGGUCUCUGCUGGGGAGAAAUGGAGGAUAACAGGAGCUGUCUCUGGAUGUGUACGGCUGUGUCUACCACGGCAUCAUUCCGCAUGAGCUCCUCCACGCACUGGACUUCUACCACGAGCACACCAGGAGCGACAGAGACCAGUAUGUCAAGAUCAAUUGGGAAAAUAUUCCUCAUGGUGACAAGUUUAUUGCCACACCACACAGGACAGACACACAUACACAUAACAGUACAAGAAGGAAAUUGAAGGUGAAUAGUGGUUUUAUGGUCAGUGAUGCAUUAACACCAGUUGGGAAGUCCAGAGUAGUGGACAGAAGGGUCCAUGGGUGAGUUGUAGUGGAGGACAGGAGUUUACAGAGACUUCACCCUGCCCUCCUGGGAACAACUAAAGCACAAUCAAAGUGGGGGUUCUGCUGCCCCCGGUAGAGCCUCUAAUUAGCUGAUCUAGGUCAGAUGACAAAAGAUAGGAGAGAGUUCCAGAAAGACCCCUAGCAACAGAGGUGGAAUUGUCCUCUAUCACUGGACAAUAAGGUCAGGCUGAGGUCGGGGGUUACCUCAGCUGUAAGAAGGCCCAAAGUUUCUCUUAAGUCCCAGAGCCAGGGAGAGGGUUUGAAUGGUUAAUGUCUGAGGGUUUUGUACACACUAACUUUGCAUCCCUUCCAUUUUAGGACUGCCUUCUCAAUUGAGAAUGGAGGGGGGGGGGGGGGGGAAACAUCCCUCCCGUUCCUGACCCCUCUGUGAACAUAGGACAGAGGCAGGAUGUGUCUGACAUUGACAUGCAGAGGAUCAACAACCUACAGUAUAUAUGA